AUGGAACUAGAACGCUACGAAGUUGAAAUGGAACCAGAAUGCCGUGGGUGGAGGAGAAGUGAGCGCAGAGAAGAGUCGAGAAGAAGAGACGCAAUCGCAGAGUGUGUGAGGUGUCUCGGCGCAGAGUCGGGCCGGCCCGUCGGACCCGGUCCAUUUUGCCAUCCCUACUUUCCGGCCUUGAUGAUAUUGAGUGAUGAUCGUCAAUCUUUUGUCAUAGAGUUCCUGUUGGAAUUCGGCAUUGAUGCAGCAGCGGAAGCAGCGCCGAUUCAGUAUUUGGGGAUGAUUCCGGCAUCUGAUGAAGCCGUUCAGACGUCGUUGCAGAAAUGUAGAGUUGUGACAGAGAAUGAGUGUUGCUCAAUCUGCUUGGAAGAGAUGAAUGUGAAUGAUGAGUGUCACAAAAUGCCAUGCAAUCAUGCGUUCCAUCACACUUGUAUUCUCACUGGGCUGCGAACUAGUCAUGUUUGUCCCUUGUGCCGUUUCCCUUUGCAAACCGGUCAGGAGUAG